GGAUAAUUGACCAGUUCCAAAGAAGAAGGCCGCAUCGACCGGCAACGUCGCGAUGGACGAAGUUCUACCGCCAAGGCGAGCAAAAGCCAAGUCAUCCCCUGCGUAUCCACAGCAAUCUUCAUCCGUGCGCACACCGCAAGGGAACGGACCAAAUCUGUUGCACUUGGACACAGUUCGUCGGUACUUGCUCAAGUUAACCCCAAUCGAAGGAAAAGGUUUGUUGCCGACAGCGCGGAAUCCUUUCUGCACGCUCGUGCUUCUGGACAAAGACUUGAAGGAACUCAAGGGCGAAAAGCGUCGCACUCCGAUCGGGAAAGUCCAUCCGUCGUCACCGUCCAGCCCAAUGUGGAGUCCCUUGAAGGCGGCCGUUUUACGAAGUUUAGAAAGCGCGAAUGAAAGCAACAUGCCACUUGGAAUUGGUGUCGCAGCUGCCGCGGAAGAGUACACGUUCGGGACAACAGUGAACCUCCGAAAGGCCAAGUACGUGCUGGUCAAGUGCAAGGACAAGGGGCAAGUGCAGACGGAGGAUUUGGGGCGCCUGCUCUUGGCGUUGGACGACCUGGACACGAGCGGGAUGGAGCUUACGUCGUGGUACGACUUGCAAUUGCACACAGGGAUGAAACGCGUACAGGGGAAACUUCGCCUGUCGUGCCGAAUCAUCCGCGAGCCGUCACGGAAGCAACUGUGGCUGGCAGCCGAGCAAAUGCGAUGUGAAAUCAAAAUCAAGGACCAUUACUUGUACCUCAAGUGCCAUCCGCAGAGCUUCUCGGGUCGACAUGCAACCGAGUGGAUGUUGCGCCACGGACUGAAUCGACCGAUGAAAGGCGGGAUCACGUGUAGCACGGAAGAGGAAGCGCUGCUCAUCGGACAAUGCUGGCUCCGCGCCGGGAUCUUGACGGCGAUAUCAAGCUUUGGCGGGACAAGCGGCGGGAGCUCGUCGUUUUUUCAAAACACGUCGUGGAAGUAUUAUCGCUUUGGAGUGGACCAUUUGGACCCGUUCAUUCGAAGGGACAAACAACGCGAGUGCCAGUGUAUCCUGGAAAUGGAAGAGCUUGUCCAUGAUGUCGAAUAUGAAGACGAAGACGACAUGGCGGCGUCGGGGGCAUCCUCUCCACUGCCGUCAAGUGUGUCGGCAACCAUGCUGCACUCGAGCACGUUGUCGUCUCGAGGGAUGCAGCCGCCUCCUGCACCGUCGUCUGUGUCGGUGGCGUCUGUCACUCGAUCGGCGGCGUCAACUUCGUCCAGCCAUGAGGUAUCUGCGGGCCAAGGGCCGUCGUUCGUUCGUUCAGACCCGACAUCGCGCGCGUCACUGUCCCAGAAGAAAGCGCCACCGCCCAUUACAAUCGACGACUUUGAAUUGCUUCGCGUGCUGGGCACCGGUUCGUUUGGCCGCGUAGUGUCGGCGCGCCAUCGGGCGUCCAACCAAGUGUUUGCGAUCAAGAUUGUGCACAAAUUUGGCAUGGACGACGCGUCGAAAGCCACCGCCAAGCGCGAACGCGAUGUCCUCAUGGAAGCGACCCAUCCGUUUGUCGCGUCCUUGCACUUUGCCUUUCAAAAUGAAGACAAGCUGUACAUGGGGAUGGAGUACCUGAGCGGCGGGGACCUUCGCUACCACAUCAUGGCCCAUCACCACCAGCACGAGCAUGCACACCACAUUGCUGGCAUCAGCGGCCUAAACACCCUCUCGCCGUCUCGGAUCAAGUUGUAUGCCGCGGAAUUGGUUGCCGCGUUGGCCCAUCUCCACUCCCUGCACAUCAUUUACCGCGAUUUGAAACCCGAGAAUGUCCUGGUCGCCCGCGACGGCCACAUCAAACUUGUCGACUUUGGUCUGAGCAAAGUGACGUGCUCCGCGAGCAAGACGCUGGCGGGGUCGCCCGAGUACAUUGCCCCCGAAGUCCUUGUCCAUUCGAAAAAGGCAACGUCGGCAAGUGGCGCCAGCGGCGACGGAUACACGGACGCGUGUGACUGGUGGAGCCUCGGCGUCCUCGUAUACGAGCUGUAUGUGGGCCGCACGCCAUUCCACGACGCAAACCAAGCGAUCAUGUACCGCAACAUCGCGGAAGGACCAGUGUACAUUCCCACCGAGUGGGGCCCCGACGUUGCGUCGCUGCUGCGCGGUCUCAUCGAGCGCGACGUGUCCAAACGCCUCGGCGGCAGCACGAACGAAACCCCCGUCCCGUUUGACAUUAUGAAUCACCCGUACUUUGGCAGUAUCAACUGGGACAUUCUCCAAGCCAAAGGCGGCCCCGCGCCCGAGUGGGUGCCUGACCCAGACGAAGUGUACGUAGACGACGAGUUUCGCAGCGUCAUCCCUGUAGAUACCCCCGAAUGGCGUAUGCUGGAUGAAGUGGACCGGGCAAGGGAGCACAUUGACGGGUUUACGUUUCGACCCACGGAAGUGUUCAAGGUCCAGCCGUAGGGACAUCACGUGCAGUGAGCAAGUGGUUAACAUGUCGACUUGGAUCUCCCAACAGUGUUCACAAACGUCCGUGGGGACUGAUCUGUCCUGGUGGUGGUGCGGCCAUGUCGACGGUGUUGUGGCAAGAGAAGUACUGCACUGGGCUCGCUCCCUCGCGCCUCCUCCCCCCAAGUGUUUCAAGUCGACGACGCCAGGGAUGACGUCCCGACGUUGCUGUGAGAGCUCAAGCAUGCAUCGACAAGUCAACAUGGACGGCAAUGGUAUUUCGAUUCAAAACACGACGGCUCUGCCAUGAACUUUGGAGCGACGGGGAGACAGUUAACAUGCGGGUUUGGUGGUCGUAGGGGGCGCGGCGGUGGUCGGGACCGCGCCGCCAUUGAACAGGACGGCCGCCGACGAGUACGCGGUCAACCCAGCGUACACUUCCUUUCCGACUUGUCGGAUUGUCGAGACAGGCACAACAAAGUCGACGCCGUCGACUUCGAUCGUGAGGCCGGGUUUGGUGUAGUUGCGGAACGUGUAGUCGCGAAAGUUGCCGUACGUCAAGUAGAGGCGCUGCGCCAGGUCGUAGCUGCCACCGACGUCGGCAAUCGCAGUCUGCACCGCCUUGCCGAGGACGUAGUACUUGGACAAGUAGGGCUCGACGGGGUUGACGACGGUGUCGCCAAACGGGUACAGGACCGAGGCAGCGUUCGAGUGGAUGUCGACGCCACCGUCGAUCGUGGCCACAUUCGCCUGGAGCCACGUGUGGAUGCCGGCCGUCUCGGGUUCGCUCAGGAUAAACUUGCCAGGGUACGCGUCCGAGCCAGGCGGCUGGUGGUCGGCAUUCCAGUACGGCGACGGCCAGUUGCGGUUCAAGUCGACGCCGUUCGCGCUGACGCGGAUGUACCGGUUGGAUGUAGUCCAUGUCUUGAUGUAGCUGUCGAUGUUGACGACAGGAACGACGAUGAGGUUGUAGUUGUCGACCGGGUUGGGCUUGUUGUUGGUCAAGGCGUCGAGGGUCGCGGCCAGCGCGUAGACAGCGCCGGCCGUCGAUGCCCACUCCCGUGCGUGCUGGGCCGCUUGGACGUAAAUGGCCUUGGCGUUCUUGCCGUUGGCGACCUUGUAGCCACGGAUGACGCGGCCUUCGAACGUCGUCGACACGUCGUGGCGGGUGACGACCGUCGGGUGCUUUGUUUGGAGCGUAUCGAGGAACUCGACGAUUUGGUCGUGCGUGCGGAAGCAGUCAAAGAAACCGUUGGUGACGUACGAACCAGCGACCAGCGUAUCGAGGUACCCCGCGGUUUGGUUGUGGCACGCGCGGUUGUCGUCGGCGUCGCCUUGGGGGGACGCGGCAGCAGCAAACGCGACCAGUCCAGCCGCCAACUUCAUCGCGAAACCAAAAGUGCCACCGACCGGCGUCCCGACAGUGUUAGGGUGCAUAAGCCACUUCAACCAUCCCCGAUCACGUGGAGC